CCGGGGGCCGAGCUGUGGGCGGAGGCCCCGGACGCGGGGCUCGGCGGCGUCCGGGGCGGGAUGGACGGGCCGGCCAAGGGGGAGACGUCGUCCCCUCGGGGCCGGCAGCUCCGCGGGCGGCCGCCCAAGCUGCAGCGCCACGGGCGCGGCAAGGCCGGCGAGAAGCCGCCGCACCUGGCCGCCCUGGUGCUCGCCAGGGGCGGCAGCAAGGGCAUCCCCCUGAAGAACAUCAAGCCCCUGGCCGGCGUCCCGCUCAUCGGCUGGGUUCUCAGGGCGGCGCUGGACGCGGGGGUCUUCCAGAGCGUCUGGGUUUCCACCGACCACGACGAGAUCGAGAAGGUGGCCCGGCAGUUCGGCGCCGAAGUCCACCGCCGCAGCUCCGAGGUAGCCAAGGACAGCUCGACCUCCCUCGACGCCAUCGUGGAGUUCCUCAGCUACCACAACGAGGUGGACAUCGUGGGGAACAUCCAGGCCACGUCUCCCUGUCUCCACCCGGCCGACCUGCAGAAAGUGGCCGAGAUGAUCCGGGACGGCGGCUACGACUCCGUCUUCUCCGUCGUGCGGCGCCACCAGUUCCGCUGGAGCGAGAUUAAGAAAGGAGGGAACGAGGCGACGGAGCCGCUGAACCUGAAUCCCGCCAAGAGGCCCCGGCGGCAGGACUGGGACGGCGAACUCUACGAGAACGGAUCCUUCUACUUCGCCAAGAGGCACCUGAUCGACAUGGGCUUCCUGCAGGGUGGGAAGAUGGCCUACUUCGAGAUGCGGGCCGAGCACAGCGUGGAUAUCGACGUCGAUAUCGACUGGCCCAUCGCCGAACAGAGAGUGCUCAGGUACGGCUAUUUUGGCAAGGAGAAGCUGAAGGAGGUCAAACUUCUGGUCUGCAAUAUCGACGGCUGCCUCACCAACGGUCACGUGUACGUGUCGGCCGAUCAGAAGGAAAUCAUCUCCUACGACGUCAGGGAUUCCGUGGGCGUGCGUUUACUGCGGGAGAGCGGGGUGGAGGUGCGCUUUCUGUCAGAGAGGGCCUGUUCCAAGCAGACGCUGUCUUCUCUGAAACUGGACUGCAAGAUGGAGGUCGGCGUCUCGGACAAGCUGGCCGUCGUGGACGAGUGGAGGAAAGAAAUGGGCUUGUGCUGGAAAGAGGUGGCCUACCUAGGGAACGAGGUGUCGGACGAGGAGUGUCUGAAGAAGGCGGGGAUGAGCGGGGUGCCGGCCGACGCCUGCUCCGCCGCCCAGAAGGCCGGGACCUACUUCUGCAAAUCCAACGGGGGCCGGGGAGCCCUCCGGGAAUUCGCCGACCACAUAUUCCUGCUCGGGGAGAAGGUGAAUUCGGGCCGCCGGUGACCGAGAGCGGACGCCGCCCGGCCGGCUCCUCCCCGGCCCCGAUCCGCGUCCUCGUCGCCCGGCCGCCGGGAGACCCGGGUCCCGCGCCGGCCCCCGAGCCUCGGUUUCCACCCCCGGAUGGCGAGCGGAGGGGGACGGCUCCCCGCACCCUUCGGCGGGGCGUCGCGCGGCGUUCGACCGGAUUGGAAUUUCCCCGGCUAUCGGGCGGCCGCGGGAAGCGGCGGGGUCUCGCCCGGCACCGUCCCGGGGGGCGGGCGGGCUUCCGCGGGACCCGGAGCGAGGCCGGGAUUCCGCUCGUCGGGGGGCGGUCCCGGGCUCCGGCUGAAUAAAACGACAUUCCACGGCCGUUUGACCCAAA